AUGCAUGCUAAAGCAUGGGUCCACAAACAGCCCGUCGCCAGGACGCGCCGCCUCAUUGGCGCCCGCCGCCGCCGCCGGGACAGCCGGGAAAGGGGAGUGCUGCCGGGGAAGGAGGCGGUGCCGGUCGGGGCGGCGGCGGCGGCGCCCAGCGGCUCCCCCCUGCCAUCGGCCGCGGCGGCGCCCAGCGGCUCCUCCUUGCCAUCGGCCUUCUCGUCCCUUGGCGGGGCGGGGGGAGAGACGGACGAGCGCCGGCCGCCGCCGCCAGAGCGAGGCCCGUCGGCUGAGUGUCUUCCUCAGCCAACGUCCACUCCCCAACUGCCUCUGAAGGUUCCGGUACUCCCCACCCCCGUGUCUCCACAGGACUGUCUCUGGCACCUGAAACUACACCUGGACAUGGAGCGCCUGCCCGUGUGUCACCUUGUCUGCUGUGUCACCUUGUCUGCUGUGCCACCAGGAAGGUUCAUGAAGGCGAUGCCUGCACCCGUAUCCUGCAUGGAUACAUCCAUCCUUUCCAUGGAUACGCGCGUGGAAACCUGCCAUCCACACCAAAAACCUGCGUAGGAGCUUCACUUGCCCAGCAGCGCGGACAAAAAAGGUUAAGAACUUGAGGGUUUUUCUAUUCUGCAAACAAAAGGAAGUUCGUUUCCUCUGUUAGCUCACCGUGGCAUUAUGUGCAAAAAACAGGCCUGGAGCUCUUCAAAUACUUUCACUUAUUUCUGUACCUACCCAAUUUAUUUAUAGAGCCAUCUGGAAAACACUGGCUUUUCAUUUACAGGAUACUAUGGAGCUUUUUGGAAUCGUUUCAUAAACCAAACUCUUUAGAAACACACACCCACACCUACAGGAAUCGUCAGCUAAUCAAGUCUCGGGACUUUUGGGGUUUUUUUGGUGUAUUUAAGGAGUAUUGUCAGGAGAGUUAAACCUGCUGUAUUAAUGCAUAAAUAGGUAUUUCUCCAUAUACUUAACUUUACCACGUUAAUAAAUCCAGCAAUGGGCAGAUGUGUCCACCACAUUGCACAUCCCUGUGAGAAACCACAAAUGCUUUGGUGAUGUCUCGUUUUGAUGCAGUCUCGGGGCAUUCUAUCAGGUUAUAAAACAAACGGGAGCAAAUUCUUAAAUGAAAUGCAAUAAAGAUGUAGACUUAGAACAUCUAGUAAGGUGAAAACCAGGAAAAAACGUGUGUCCUGGACGGUGGGAAGAGAAAGGGAGGGAAGAGAAAGGGAGGGAAGAGAAAGGGAAAGGGAAGCAUAGAGGGAAGAGAAGCUGCAGAUGCCACCGAGUUUGUUCUCACCCAAACAACUGCGAGUUACAGUUCACUCACUGUCUAGGCAUCCUGGCCAUAAACCACAACAGAAAUGUUAAAAAAAUAACAGUAAUAAAAAUAAAUCAGGAUUUGGGCUUAUUUGAGCCAAGAUGUUUUAACAAAAUGCCACCAUUCAUUCCUGGGGCUGCACUGGGAUGCCUGUGUGCUCCAAUUCCAUUCCUUAAUUGCCUUCGUGCCUUCUACUGUUCACAACAGUUAGGGCUCAAUAAACAACCCAACCAGAAGAAUUAUUUUAACAACCAUUUCAUCUUCUUGCCACUCCAACAACAAACGUAUAUAGACAAUCACCCAAGAUGUUUACGAUUACCUUGUUAACAGCUCAAUAUCUAGAGGCGUUCCCUCUGACCCCUGCGUCAUCAGAUAUCUUCAUUUACCAAAACAAGGUUGUUUUAUAAAACGCUCAUUUCUUUGUAGUCAACAUGAGGUUGUCUAGUGCUGGCCUCAGCUGGGCUUUGGUUUGUGGGGUGUGAAGCACAAACACCAUCCUCGCUGAUCCAAGACACCGUUGCUCUUGAUGGGUACUGUCUCUGCCGGGCUGGUGUGACCACAAGUAGAUCUAACGUUGAAACGUACGACUGCUCAGCAUCUCAGUGCUCGUUUGGUAGCAUAAUUGUUAAAUUUACAUGUUAAAAUCAUCAAGUUUUAUUGAGAACUUCAACAAAGGCCAGUGCAGGGUGCUGCACGUGGGGAGAAAUAACCCCCUGCACCAGGACAGGUUGGGGGGGACCUGCUGGAGAGCAGCUCUG